AGUUUUCGUAUCAAAAUAAGAACUCACGGAAGAGGAAGCUGUCACAUGACAAAAAAUGGCUGCUGUUCAGUGGCACUCGCGAAUGCGCAAGUACUCUGCGGAGCUGCAGGCGUGUCGCUCCGAGUCGCUGGCGGUGGAGGGGAAUGAGUACCACCCCCUCAAACCCAUCAUGGUGACGGAGUCCAAGUCUCGGCGCACUGCUCGGCGGGGCAGCACCUCGUCCACCGCCUCCUCCUCCUCGUCCAGCUCCGUGGCGACUGACCCCCUGAGCUCCCUCCUGGACGGGACUGACCCACUGUCUAUUAAGCGCCUCGCUUCCAGUAAUGAACCCACACACACACUCACACACAGCGCUUCUGCAGGGGAGCUGGGGAGGAAGCGUCGUGAUCGGGACGAGGAGAGUGUGGGCGUGGACUUUGAGCCGUGGUCAAACAAACGAGCGGAGAUCCUGGCACGCUUCACCACCACCGAGAAACUCUCCAUCAAUCUCUUCAUGGGCUCAGAUAAAGGAAAGGCCACCAGUCCUAGUUCAGCAGUCUCAGAGAAAGUUCGGACUCGUCUGGAGGAGUUAGAUGAUCUGGAGGAGGGUUCCCAGAGGGAGCUGUUGAAUCUGUCUCAGCAGGAUUAUGUGAAUCGUAUUGAGGAGCUGAAUCAGUCUCUGAAGGAGGCCUGGAGCUCAGACCAGAAGGUUAAAGCACUCAAGAUAGUCAUCCAGUGUUCUAAGUUGCUGUCAGACACUGCAGUGAUCCAGUUCUACCCCAGCAAGUUUGUGCUCAUCACAGACAUCCUGGACACCUUUGGCCGUCUGGUGUACGAUAGAAUCUGGACCAUGUGCUCUGACCCACAUCCUCCGCCAGAGGGCUUUUCCCCAGAUGAUGUGAAUGACACUGCCAAAGAGACCUGCCUCAACUGGUUCUUCAAGAUCGCCUCCAUCAGAGAACUCAUACCCCGGCUAUAUGUUGAAGCGGCCAUCCUGAAAUGCAAUCGGUUCCUGUCAAGAUCGGGGAUCCAGGAGACGUUGCCCCGCUUGACCGCCAUGAUCCGGGGCAUCGGAGACCCGCUGGUGGCCGUCUACGCCAGAGCCUACCUGUGCAGGGUGGGGAUGGAGGUGGCUCCUCAGCUGAAGGACUGUCUGAAUAAGAACUUCUUCGACCUGCUGGCGUCGUUCCGGCAGAUCCACGGCGACAGCGUCCAGAGCCAGCUGGUCCUGCAGCGCGUCGAGGUCCCCGCCUACCUGACCCUCUACUCGCCCGCCAUCCACUGGAUCCUGCAGUGUGUGUCCUACAGGGCCCCAGAGGCUCUGCUGAUGGAGAUGAUGGAGAGAUGUAAGAAACUGGGCAACAAUGCUCUGCUGUUGAACUCUGUGAUGUGGGCGUUCCGGGCGGAGUUUAUCGCUACCAGGGCGACGGACUUCAUCACCAUGAUCAAGCAGUGUGACGAGGCUGGAUUCCCAAAACAUCUGUUGUUCGGCUCUUUGGGGCGGAGUCUGGCUUCUGCGGACCCCCCAGAGGCUGAGCGUCUGUCCAUCCUGAACGACGCCUGGAAGGUCAUCACCAAGAUCCGCAGUCCGCAGGAUUACAUCAACUGUGCAGAGAUCUGGGUGGAGUUCACCUGCCGACACUUCACCAAACGGGAGGUCAAUGCUGUACUGGCUGACAUCAUCAAACACAUGACCCCAGACCGUGCCUUUGAGGACGCGUAUCCACAGCUCCAGUCUGUGAUCAGAAAGAUCCUGACGUACUUCCAUGACUUCUCCGUUCUCUUCUCUAUGGAGCGCUUCCUGCCGUUCCUGGACAUGUUCCAGAAGGACAGUGUGAGAGUGGAGGUGUGCCGCUCCAUCAUGGAGGUCUUCAUCAAGCAUCAACAGGAACCAACUCGUGACCCUGUAAUCCUGAACGCCUUACUGCACGUGUGCAAGACCAUGCACGACUCUGUGAAUUCUCUGACCUUGGAGGAUGAGAAGCGAUCUCUGGCUCUGCUCAUCAAUGGCUUUAUACGCUUGGUGUCGUUUGGUCGUGACUUUGAACAGCAGUUGAGUUUCUGCGUGGAGGCAAGAGCAACCUUCUGUAACCUGGAACCGGUCAUCAUCCAACUCAUACACACGGUGAACCAGCUGGCCAUGGAAACACGGCGUGUGAUGAAGGGGAACCACUCCCGAAAAACAGCGGCCUUUGUGCGGGCGUGUGCUGCCUACAGCUUCAUCACCGUCCCCUCUCUGACCAGCAUCUUCAGCCGCCUCAACCUCUACCUGCUGUCCGGCCAGGUGGCUCUGGCCAACCAUUAUGCACACACACACACACACACACACACACACACCCCUGCAGCGGACGCGUUCCUGAAGGCGGCGGUGAGUGUGCUGCCGGAGGUGCCCCGCAGCAUGCUGGUGGAGGCCAAGCAGAGGUGCACCGAGAGCCUGCUGCUCGACUUCAUCAACAACUUCAUGGCCACCCUGCUCGUAGUGCCGGAUCAUCCUGAGCAGGGUGUGUUGUACCUGGUGCGAGGGCUGUUGAACAUGGUGCAGGAUUACACCUGGGAGGAGAACAGCAGCGCUAAAGUCCGAGUUUACGUCAGCGCCCUCCCCUUACUAGCAGCUAUGAGUCAGGAGACUUACUUAUAUACCAUACCUAAAGUGGACUCCAAUGAGACCCUGUACGGAGGGGACCCCAAGUUCAUGGCCGAGAUCAACAAGCUGUGCGACACCCUGAUUGGUCAGGUGCUGGACCACCUCAAAGCCCUUGGCAAUGGAGAGGGCCUGCGUAAGCAGAGCUCUCUGGCCUUCAGUCUGUUUAACGCUCUGCUGGCACAUGGUGACCUGCGCAACAACAAGCUCAACCAGCUGGCCGUCAACCUGUGGAACCUCAGCCACAAGCACGGACACUGCGACACGCGCACGGCGGUGCGCACCCUGGAACACAUUAAGCACCUGGCACAACAGCCUGAACUCAAUCACCUUGGAGAGAUCAUCCCCCGCCUUGCCCUGCAGUCACGUGCAUGAACCACACACACACACACAUCUGUGAGUUGCUGCCAUGCCAAUCACUGCAGUCGUAAGAAUAAAGGACAGGACAUUAGAACUACACACACACACACACCACUAAUCUGAACAACACUCCAUUCCUGCCACUGCCUGUGGCCCGUGCUGCCCUGUUAGACUGACCGCUGCUCGUCUGCUUGAACUAGCCAGUCCAAACACAUCGGCCUCUCUGAUUGGCUAGUCCAAACAGAUGGCUGUUCUGAUUGGCUAGUCCACACAGAUUGACUGUUCAUAUUGGUUGUUCUGAUUGGCUGUUCUGAUUGGUAGAUUCAGGCUGCUUUCAGAGGCUGAGGAGAGCUGGGCAACAUAGAGUCACAUGACCUGUCUUCAAACGAGGCCCCUCUCCUGUGUGUGUGUGUGUGUGUGGCGCUCUCCUCACCUUCGUCCCCAGCAUUAAAUCCGUUGCCUUUAACCGUCAGCGGUGAUCACAGCUGCGGAGUCCGUGUGUGUCCACUGCCGCCGCUGCUGCUCUGUCGUGGUCUUUGUACGUACUAACACUUCCUGUAUAAAGUUUGAUCAUUCCAAA